CAUCGGAGGAAGCGUUCAGCCCCACGUGGAGAAGACGCACUUCAUCUGGGAUCGCGAGGCAGUACGGUUGUGGAAAGAACAUCUCUAGAUUUUCUUCUUCUGGCAUUCGGUUAAGCUUCUAGAAGAACGAACAAAGGGUGCGUCUCGCUACAAAUUUAUAGCGAAGUACUUCUCUCCAGUUACAAAAAACCACAAUGGUUGACGCAACAGAAAAAGUUUCAAAUGGCACAUCUCCCAGAGGCCGUGGAGGCCGAGGAGGCCGAGGAGGCCGAGGAGGAUUCAGAGGGAGAGGAGGCCGUGGAGGUUUUGGGGCUGGAAGAACUUUCGGCCAAAAGCCCAGACCUCAAGAAUUUGACAAAACUGCGCUUUUUGUAGAGUUCCAAAAUAAGCCCAGUAUAGAAGACAUCAAACACUUCCUGCAAGCAGUGAAAGGUGCAAACACAGUAAAACUUGGAAAAUUUUUACAAAUGCACUUCAAGACAGAAAAAGAAGCCGAGGAAGCAACCGCAAAGAUUAAGGAUAUGGAUGAUAAAAUCACAGUUAAUAAGGCCUUUGCACAACAAGAUAAAUCGCCUAAGAGAACCCUGCCAGAGGCUGAAACAAAACCAAAUAAGAAGGCAAAGAAGGAACCAGUAAAGGAGGAAGAGGAAGAAGAGGAUGACGAUGAUGAGGAUGAGGAUGGUGAGGAAGAGGAAGGCGAGGAGGAAGAGGGUGAUGAUGAUGAUGACGACGAUGAUGACGAUGACGAGGAGGAAGAGGAUGACGACGAUGAGUGAUAGGAUGUAACAGAAGAGUAUGAGAGUUGUUGGCUGUAAGAGGUUCAUUUAUUCUUGUCAGAAUAUAAAGGAAAUUAAAAAAAUACACAUUUAAUUAAUGUGCUACUAUU